AGAAAAUACUUAAAUGUUUAUAUACACUUUAAGUUGCUUUCAACGAAAUUAUUUCAUGCGGAUUUCGGAAUUCGCCAGUUUUUUUAACGCGGAUUUCUGACACUUUUGACAGAAUUGUACAAAAUAAAAUUUGGGCAGAUUUGCUGCUUGCUCUUUGUCCCGUGUCAUUGAUAGACCUCUCUGACUCAGGCUUUUACUUCGGUAAGGUUUUUCAAAGAAUGUGUUCUAAUCGACGGCAGGCCUUUCUCCGACAUUAUCAACGUCCGCACCGUAGCUGUGUGAUUGUGCUCAAAACUAGGAUACGGACUACUAUUUCGUAGUUGUGUGCAUAUGCACUCAAAAGCUUCGACGUUGUAUAACGCCCACCGAAGUUAAACGCCGCGAGCCAAUACUGCGAGACGCCAGGUUUACACAAUAAUAUGCGCAGUGACUGAAGGCAUUGCUACCCACGGAAGAGUAGAUUAGCGCAGCUACUCCUGAAGCAUUCGAUCCACUAUAAGUAACACUGCUGUAGCGCUACUAGGUGCAAGGUCUCCGAAUCAUAGAAAUAACUGGUUUGACCGUAUGAGAACGAUCGCGGACGGGCGCGGAACCGCCAAAACUCAGUCCUCCGAAGGAAGAAGCGCAAAGCGACUCUAUGUGGUGGAAUGUAUUCAGAAGUGGACGUGUCACUGCUUCCAAUACAAAAGACGUAUGUAGCACUCAGAUAUCUAGGCCAUCAGUAUCCCUUUUCGAAAGGAUCUGUUAUCCUAAUGAGACAACGUUUUCUACUCCAGCGACCAUGUAUGGUAAGAAAAAUAAGGAAAAAGCAAUUGACCAAUUAUACCGUGCGGUUCAACAUUUGUAUCAAAACUUGCGGAAUAGUAAAUCAGUGCUGAUUAUCUACGAUAAAUAUCCGUUUAUAGGAGCAUCACCGGAUGCAAUUUUUUCUUGUGAUUGUCAUGGUUCAAUUACGGUUGGGGCUCAUUCAAUUGAAAAUUGCCAAAUUCCGCGUUAUGUAAUAUUUGAAUGGUUCCUUGAGGUGAAAUGUUCUUUCACAGCCCGAUUCUGUUCAGAUAUGACUACAACGUUACUACAACUCAAAGAUUCUUUUGUUAGUCGUAAUGAUUCGGGAGAAGUUGUUUUAAAUACAAAGCACAAAUACUUCUUUCAGGCUAUGAUGCAAUUAUACGUAUGUAAGGCAAAUUUCGGAUAUUUUUACGUAUGGUCUCCUAAUCAAGUGUUACUGGUUGAAAUUAAAAAAAGAGAUGAGUUCUGGUUAAACUGUGAAAACUUGCCAGAUAUAACUGUCGAAUGA